AUGCUGCAUCGGCCCCUCCUCAACGCGUCAGGCCUUGAAUUUGUCAGUUCAAACAACCAGUACUGUUUAGGAAAUGCAAAUAGACUGUUAAAGGCCAAGGUUAGUCUGAAACCUCGGGAUCAGGCCGUGUGUGACAGCACAGGCGGGCUGUUUAGUUUUGUCAAAAAUUGUGUCCGCGUCCGCACCUAGCCGUUUUGACAUUUUCCUGCUAUCUUAGCAAAGGGAAUGAGGAAAUGUAGGGAGAAUCCGUCUCACGAUAAGCUAGACCACGUGCAAAUCACCAGUGUCCCAUACGCUCAUUGGGGCGCACAGUCGACACCGUCGAUUGCGAUGCUCGAACUGUCAUAUGCUGCCGAAAUCAGCAAGUACUCCGGGUAGGAUCACUUCGUUCGUACGCGCACCUGAAAGUCUUCAUCUCAUCCGAGACCAAAAUGUCUUUCGUCAGAAACCAUGGUAUUUUCAUGUCGAGACAACAUAACAUAACCGAGUCUCCCUAAAAGAUAAUCAGUCUCACUCUACAACACAAGUCGAAAGACAGUGGCAAACAGCACAGCACAGGGACGACAUCGUUCCCUAAAGCCAUAUUGUCCGACGGUUUUCUGCAACCCCAAAGUUUUUUGCGUGGACUUGGAGCCAAUCAACGCAGCCCUUUCGCUGAUUGGUAACGCAGGCGGACAUUCUAGGCCAGCGACAUAAAAAAUUAGCCGUGUUGCUGAAGUACGGCAUCCGAAGACUUUCGGAAAGGUCGAGUCCCCCGCAGAAUGUCCGUUGAGAGUGUAGUGGUUUUGGAAGGGCUUAGUUAUUGACAUUACGUGUCGGAGGUACUUGACGUUUACGAGAUGAUACUUGAUUUUGGCAGCGGAGAUCCAUAUGACUUUGUAGAUUGCUGCUCCAGUCUUCAAUGUUUUUCUCCAAACCUACCCAUCCGGAGCAACGCGUCAUUUCGGCUACCCUUUAGCCCACCUUGUCAGAGGUUACCAGUAGUGACAUCGCCGUAAUAGAGUCACCUGUGUAGGCAACCAUCUUCCGCUCAAGCGCAGUUGUACUUGAAUCAGUCUAACGUGAAUGCUGAGGAUUUCGGUCCGUUUUAUGACACACGUGCCAGGGAACCUGACCUUCCUCCUCACCUUUAAUAUUCUGUGGAGACAAAUAGGGUGAAAAUGGUUCUGUUUCCUGGCUUGGUUGGCAUAUAAGCUUUAUGGUUUCGCCCCGCAUACUAUUGUCCUUAGGACUACCUCUUUGCUCAUCUUGGGUUUCAUUUUCAGGCGAAGUCGUCUAGAUUCCAUACUGAGGCCUUUAGCCCGCCAAAUGUUUGGCUGGCUUUGGAGAUCCGGUGGUCCACUUCGUCGUCAGUCCUGUCAUUCCGCGAGACUGUGCUGCCAAGGCAUGCCAAUUUUUCCGCACUUGUGUGUUGAGCUCCAUUGACGGUGAUGUGGGUUCUUUGCAGUGCGUUUCUGGCGUCGAUUGAUGUAUAACCACAGUCCUUUCUGUGGUCAUUGUCUGUCCGAAAUUGGCGCAGUCGGAGUCCAGGAGAAGUCUUUCCUCCUUUGCAUAGCUGCAUCCGUUGUUGUAUCGAGUGCAUAGUCAUCCGCGAACGGCAGGUCGUGGAUGCUAAUUUGAGAUACUUAUGAGGAUGUUUGCAUGUUUCGGAUAUGCAGCAGUUGCCCUUUGGUCAGCUGGGCAAUAUUAUUUCCAGCAUGUGUCCAUCAACAUGGAGGAGAGCAUGAGGCUGACGAAGGUGGGAGCGUGUACACAAACCUGCUUCACCCUAGUGGCCAUUGCAAAUGCUUCUGAGACUGCAUUGUUGUCAGUGACGUGAGCUAGCAUUCUAUUGGUAUACCACAUGCGUGAAGGGUUCUUGGUACCGGAAUUUUGGCUUGACUCGUCAGAGUCCGUCGCCAUUCUCUAACCUAAAGUCGUUUGAUUGGGGUAGUAAAGAGACUUUUCAGCGUUUUCUAACAUCUUCCUUGUAGCUGGCGGGCAGAGAAGAUCAUAUCGACUGUGCCGCGGUUCAUUCAGGACCCAUAGUUGCUUUCUGGGAUGAUUCCCAGUUAGAGGUGGCUGUUGAGACGAUUAUGGAGGACGGGGACAUGGAUUUUCCCAGCAGCGUGAAGGAUGAAAAUGCAUCGGUGAUGGCGGAGUUGACAGUUGUCCGUGAGACUGUAUAUGUGUGCGAUGGUGACAUCCUUAAAGUUCUGGGAGACUCGCCUUUGCCGCCGCGUCUCUUCGAACAGCCAAGUGAGUCCGUCUAUCGGCUGUGGGCCGUCAUGCUUGUAGACUUCGGUUGGAAUUGCUUUGGAUCCAGAUUCUUUCCUGCUGUAGAGUUUUUGCACGGCUCCGAUUGUUCCUGGGAGGAAGGGAAGAAGGUGCAGGUCUGUAUCGGCUUCCAUUUGGAGAAGCUGAUCAAUGGCGGCGUCGGGAAGUGUGGACGGGCGAUAGUCUACAGUUCUAAAGUGCUCGGUCUAGCCUUUCAAAAUUUUCGAUUUCUACGUGAGGAGGGUUGUUUCGUCGGUGAUGAGCAACGGUGUGGUCUCUGUGGUGCGGCGACUGUAGACCGCCUUGAUGGAGACAGGGAAGUGCUUCAUGUUGUUACAAUCCACGUGACCUGGAAUUUCUUCAUCCUUUCGACCCAAUCAGUCAUUAUGCAGCUUCUGCGGUCUCUCCUACACCAGAUAUCGAAGCCGUGGAAGCCUGGUUUAUUAGUGCCAGCCUCAUGGUUAGUGCAGGCUUGGGGCCGUCUAUUCUUUCCGGUCAGCAGGUUGCAAAUUUUGUUCGUCUUUUCGUCGAACUAGUUCCGGUGUUGGUGUGCGCGACCAAACAUAUCCAUGGCGGUUGGGUGGAUAACAUCCUUCAGAUGGCGCCAUUGUGCCUUCAAGUUGACGUCGUCCGGAGUCUGCAGUUCUUGCCUGCGGCGGACCAACUGAUGAAAUCUAAGCGGUGACAAGCACUUUCAACGGAACAGUGUUUAACCUUCUUGGUGGCUGCUGACCUUGUGAUUUAAUGCGGGUUAUAUCCACAGCCCAAUGUUUGGGAUAAUGGGGGCAGUGAUCCGUCCAGACUUCGACAUCAGAGAUCGUCUCUGUCACUAGGACACUGUGGUGACCAACCCUAUGGACGAGGUGGUCCAGCAUCUGCCAGCGCCGCGAGUGCGGAAGCAUCCACGCUGCUUUUUUCCGCGGCGGAAAUGAAAGCAGGCGCUGGUGUUCCGCACAGGUUCGCAGAAGAAGAUCGCUGUUGUUACCGCCACCGAGACAAUGGGAUCCAGCACUAACCUCCCAGGCAGUAUGGUACAGUAGGUAGUCUAACACACGAAUUUACGAACCAUUUCUAAUAAUUCGGCAACCGGACCAAAUAUAUUGACAAAGACUCCAUGUUAAUAAUACAGGAUUUUAAGUGGAAUGGAAGUACAGAAGAAUUAUUGAAAAUUUAUUAUGUUGUUUAGAGAUAACUGUUUUUUUUUUGAUAGGGAGACCUCAUACGCCAUCCUCGUCCACAACAGGUAUCGGCUCACAGGCGCUUCCCUGCGCGUGCUUCCGGCCCCGCCUGCUCCCUCUGCUGUUUUAAUCCAUCGAGUGGCUAAGCAGGCUCGCCAAAAGGAUUGUUCGGACGGACUGGAACUCCGUCAGGUCCACUAUAGUGACCAUGCACUGCGAAUUGACACCCGCCUCUCCCAGUAG